UGUAGUCUGCUUCCAGUUCCUGGUGAUCAACCAAUCAUGAGCGACCUCCAGCCUCUAUUUCAAUGCCUCAAACGGGAAAGGCAGUUACUCCUUAAAAUCCUCCCAAGCUCAGAAAGAGGGCGGUUGAUGAAGCUUGCAAUGAUAAACUGUACCGAUCAAACCGUUCGGAAGUGGCUCGGAGAGAAUUCAGAGUCCAGCACCUUCACCGAGCUGGUGGACAUUUACCUAUUCCUGAAAAAACGCAUCGAUGAGGAAGAGAAGAAGGAUCACGACAACACUGUGGACAUCACCUUUGCAGCUCAUGGGUCAAUCAGAGAGCCCAUGAUGCCGGCCUGCUGUUUGAUGCCUCUGUCCUCCAUCAAGGACGUGGUUCUCUACGCUCCCUGGAACUCUGCCACAAGUGGGGUAGCCUACGGUAUCGCUACAGGGAGGAUUAGACCUGAGCACAGAGUAUUUUACUGCAAAAGUAAGGACAGCUGUAAAGUUCCUGAUGAAAAGCAUCGACCCAUGAAGCUGCCGGACCACUGGAACUCAAUGAAAAAUGCUAGAAGACAGAUGAUCCCAAACAUCACACUCAGUCCUCUUAAACCAGAGGAUGGUAUUUGGAAAUAUGUUGAGACUCGCAUAAAUAAGUACGGUCCAGUUGGAAGGAACCGCAUCAUCAUCCCGUUCAUCCUCCCAGACGGGGAGAGCCCGAGUGUCCCGUUCUGUGUGAUCACCCUGGCUUUGUCUCUGGUGCUCCUCCAGUCCAGGUUCAAGGCCACCGUCCACCUCGAUACCUGUCUGAGAGACAUAUCUACACGAUCCAAGUCCGACAGAGAGUAUCUGGAGAAGCAAUAUGCUUACGCCGCUGAUGACACGCUAAUGAAGUGUUCAGAAGCAGCAUAUAUGAAACCCUUAGAAAACUUAUUCCCAACUUUAGCUAGAUGUUAGCUAGAUACCGUACUCUCUUUCAUUAGAGACUGACGAACACUGGAUGUUAAAAUUAACUCAGGUUAUAAUUCACAUUAAAAAAUAACAGUAGUGUCAGAGCUGUCCCU